CCUCGAUCCCCGGACACUCUGGGUUCAAUCGUCGGGGUGAGAUCUACGGAGGUAUAUAUGUACCCCGAAUAGUCCUCCGUAGUCAGUCACCUUCUGACUUACCUUUGAUCGACUCUUCUCGAGAGGAUCAGUCAGAAUUACACCUUAAGGAAGGCAGCACCAACAAUCAUGAAGUCGUGGUCGCUGUGGAUAGCCUUGCUGGCUAUCGCUCGUACAUCUUUGGCAGAAGAAGGUUAUAACUAUCCGCGACCUACCAAUCCUUUGAUACCCAGUGCACCUGGAAGUCCUUCGAAACCCGCAAGCCCAGUUGGCUUUCCGUCUACUCCAUCCACCGGAAAACCUAACGGUCCAAUCGGUGGUCAGAAUCCCCAAGGAGGAUAUCCUGGCUCAGGAUUCCCUGGGCAAGGUGGAGCUCUUGGAUCACCUGGCAAGCCUGAACCCCAAGGACCCAAUGGCUACCCAUCUGAUGGUCAAGGAUACCCUAGUGGUCGUCCGGGUGGACAGGGACCAUCGCCAGGAUACCCCAGCGGUCGCCCUGGUGGUCAGGGACCAAAUGGCGGACAAGGACCAAGUGAAAACUACCCCAGCAGUGGACAAGGACCGUCUCUAGGAUAUCCUAGUGGGCAUCCUGGUGGCCAAGGGCCCAGCGGUGGACAAGGAACAAGCGGAAACUAUCCUACUAGUGGACAAGGUCCAUCGCCAGGAUAUCCCAGUGGUCGCCCAGGCAGUCAGGGACCCAGCGGUGUACAAGGACCGUCGACUGGAUAUCCUAGUGGACGUCCAGGUGGACAAGCACCAUCGAUUGGAUAUCCCAGUGGACGUCCCGGUGGCCAAGGGCCAAAUGGUCCUAAUGGUGGACAGGCACCAAGUGUGGAUUAUCCAAGCGGUGGACAAGGACCGUCAUCUGGUUACCCUAGUGGGCGUCCCGGAGGCCAAGGAACUAACGGGGGUCAAGGGCCGAGUGGAAAUUACCCAAGUGGAGGAGAAGGACCAUCAUCUGGAUAUCCCAGUGGACGUCCUAAUGGCCAGGGACCCAAUGUAGGUCAAGGAUCAUCAUCUGGAUACCCUAGUGGACGACCUGGUGCCCAAGGACCCAAUGGGGGUCAAGGAUCAUCAUCUGGAUACCCUAGUGGACGACCUGGUGCCCAAGGACCUAAUGGAGGUCAAGGAUCGAGUGGAAAUUACCCAAGUGCAGGAGAAGGACCAUCAUCUGGAUAUCCCAGCGGACGUCCUGGUGGCCAGGGGCCGAAUGGGGGCCAAAGACCAAGUGGAAAUUAUCCAAACGGUGGACAAGGACCAAGUGGAAACUAUCCAAGUGGUGGACAAGGACCAAGUGGUGGCCAAGGACCAAGUGGAAACUAUCCCAGUGGACGUCCAGGUGGUCAAGGACCUAAUGGUGGACAGGGACCUCAAGGGUCAGGAGGAUAUCCUAACGGAGGUCAAGGCCCCCAAGGACCCAGUGGUGGAUUCCCCAGCGAUGGACAGGGACCAAACGGUGGAUUCCCGAGUGGUGGACAAGGACCUAAUGGUGGAUUCCCAGGUGGGCAGUCGGUCCAGUAUGACGAAGGUAGCCAAGAUGACGGUGAUUACUCUGCGAUUCCGGGAGAACCUGGCCGCGAUUAUCCCAUCUACGCGGACAUUCCCCAAACCGGAUUCAGCUGUGACUCCCAACAGUUCCCAGGCUACUACGCUGACGUCGAAACGCAGUGUCAGGUGUUCCAUAUUUGCUCUAACAAUCAAACCUACGACUUCCUCUGCCCGAACGGAACAAUCUUCCAUCAGCAAUACUUCGUGUGCGUGUGGUGGAACCAGUUUGACUGCAACUCUGCACCUAGUCUGUUCUACCUGAAUCAGAACAUCUACGAUUACUCCAUCAUGGGAUCUCCUGGCCCGCAAGGACCCGUCGGAGGCUAUCAGCAGCCUGGAAACCAACAGGGUCCGUCCGGUCCCUCAUUCCCAUCAAACCAAAGUCCUCAGAGUGGAAGUGGAAGCCCUGGCACCUUCCCUGGCGCAGGAUUCCCAAACAACAAUGGACCACAGGGCCCCUCAGGACCAUUCGGACCAUCGAGACCAUCGGGACCAUCGGGACCAUCAGGACCAUCAGGACCUCAGGGACCAUCAGGACCCCAAGGACAAUCAGGGCCCCAGGGACAGGGACAAGGCUAUCCUCAAGGACCCCAGGGUGGAAGUGGCCCAAAUGGAUAUCCAGUAAAUAAACCGCAGGGACCCCAAGGUUCUCAGGGAAAUUAUCCAUCCCAGACCUUCCCGACUGGUAACAAACCCGCAGGUCAAGGAUACCCGCAAGGAACGCAAGGAUUCCCUGGCAGCAGCCGACCUCAGGGACCAUCAGGACCAUCGGGACAAUCUGGUUAUCCUCAGGGACCUCAAGGCGGAAGCGGUCCAGCGGGUUACCCCACCUCAGGUUUCCCUGGAGGUAACAAACCUCAGCGACCAUCAGGACCUUCUGGACCAUCGGGACAAUCCGGAUACCCUCAGGGACCACAGGGUGGAAGUACUCCUAGCGGAUACCCAGAAUCAGGUUUCCCUGGUAACAACAAGCCUCAGGGACCAUCGGGACCAUCGGGUCAAGGAUAUCCUCAAGGACCACAAGGUGGAAACAGUCCAAGCGGAUAUCCAGGAUCAGGCUUCCCUGGAAGCAACAAACCCCAGGGACAAUCGGGACAAGGUUAUCCUCAGAGCACGCAGGGAGGUUUUCCAAGCAACAGGCCUCAGGGACCAUCGGGACCAUCGGGUCAAGGAUAUCCUCAAGGACCUCAAGGUGGAAGUAGUCCCGCCGGAUAUCCAGGAUCAGGUUUUCCAGGAAACAACAAACCCCAGGGACAAUCGGGACAAGGUUAUCCUCAGAGCACGCAGGGCGGUUUUCCAAGCAACCAGCCUCAAGGACCAUCGGAACCUUCUGGAACGGCGGGCCAAGGAGGUUCGGAUGGAUAUCCGAGCGGUCGACCUACUGGACCAGCAUUCCCAACGAACCCAUUGGGCUUCCCAGGCAACAAAGUUCCUCAGUCAGACAACCCGUUCCCUUCUGAAGGACCUUCGGAACCAGACCGCGAAUACCUACCACCGCGAACUGGAUAGGUAAGGUAGCGUGAACCGUUGAAUUAAAUUUAGCCAAGACCCCACAGCAGCCCCAAGAACCGUUGGUGCUGAACCUUAAGUGUAAAUACAAGCCUAAUUCUUUUUUAAUAAAUAGAAAACGCGGUAAGCUAUGACAAAAACGGCCCAGCUGUAUACCUGAACGCGUGUUUAUCCGUUAAGUAAAUGUAAUUGUGUAACU